CUCAAUUCAAAUAUCAUUGACAUAAUUUUACCUCAUUCUGCAACUAUAUUUCCCUUAAAAAAAAAGUAAAAAAACAUCAAUCUUCAUUUCUCAUAUGAUCAAUGUUUUUUUAUAUCUUACAUCAUUCUUAUCGUGUUUAACAUAUAGUUUUUUUGCAAAUCAUCAUUCAUAGAGCAGCCUUGGGGUUCUUCCGAGGCAGCUUAAUCGGAAAUUCUGCUCCGAAAAUGCAGGUGUAUCGAUGUUCUUUCAUUCUGUUGUUUAUCUUUUCUGUUCUGUUUUCGUUCUCGUGUGCACUCUCUGAUCAUGAAGCAUCAUUUCUUGCACGACGACAACUCUCAACACUUCCUGAAAAUGGUAAUUUACCCGAUAACUAUGAAUUCGAGGUGAAAGUAGAAUAUACAUUUCCUAAUUCUAGGCUUAGACGUGCUUACAUUGCGUUAAAGGCAUGGAAAGAAGCUGUUUAUUCUGACCCUUUUGAAUUCACUAGCAAUUGGAAAGGUCCUGAGGUUUGUAAUUAUAAAGGCGUGUUUUGUUCGCCUGCCUUAGAUGAUCCUAAUGUCACUGUUGUUGCUGGGAUUGAUUUGAAUCAUGCAGAUAUAGCAGGUUACUUUCCUGUAGAAUUAGGAUUAUUGACAGAUGUAGCUUUGUUUCAUCUAAAUUCCAAUAGAUUUUGUGGAAUUAUUCCAGAGAGUUUUUCGAAGCUCAAGUUGAUGUAUGAGUUUGAUGUUAGUAAUAAUCGUCUCGUUGGCCCUUUCCCUAAGGUUGUUCUAAAGAUGCCUAGUCUCAAGUAUUUGGAUUUAAGGUUUAACAAUUUUGAGGGAGGGUUGCCUCCAGAGUUGUUUGACAAAGAUCUUGAUGCUUUGUUCUUGAAUGACAACCGAUUCGAGUCCACCAUUCCUGAGACUCUUGGAAAUUCUUCGGCUUCUGUCAUUGUGUUUGCGAAUAACAAGUUCCAUGGUUGUAUCCCGCGUAGCAUUGGGAGGAUGUCGAAUUUGGAUGAGAUUGUGUUCAUGAACAACAAUUUUGGUGGAUGUUUGCCUCCUGAGGUCGGGUUGCUGAAGAAUGUGACUCUGUUCAAUGCUGCUGGAAACAUGCUUUCGGGGAUCUUGCCAAAGACCCUUGAUGGUCUUUCGAGUGUUGAACAAUUGGAUCUUUCGCGUAAUUCCUUAACUGGCUUUGUUCCGGAGAGACUAUGUCGUGUUCCAAGUUUGAAGAAUUUCACGUUUUCGUUCAAUUACUUUAAUGGUGAGGCUAAAGGAUGUGAACCACAUUCGAGGAAAGAUAUAAGUUUGGAUGAUACAGACAAUUGUUUGCCUGAUAGACCGAAGCAAAAGUCUCAAAAACAAUGUCAACCAAUUGUGAGCAAGCCAAUUGAUUGUAGUAAGGCUAAAUGUGGAGGACCAUCAUCACAAUCUCCUCCUCAUGAGAAACAUGAAAUGCCACCACAACCAAAACCGACACCAACUCCAACACCUCCCACACCAAAACCUCAACCUCCUAAAUCAAAACCUAAUCCUCCACCCACCCUAAAGAAGGCUUCUGUACACUCUCCACCACCACCCAUCCACUCUCCUCCACCACCUAUAGUACAUUCUUCACCACCACCCAUCCACUCCCCACCACUACGUCCCGUUCAUUCUCCUCCUCCACCACUGGUCCACUCUCCACCACCACCACUAAAAUCUCCACCACCACCAGCUUUUGAUGAUGUUGUCCUUCCACCAAAUAUUGGUUCAAUUUACGCAUCACCACCUCCACCAAUCUUCCAAGGAUAUUAAUUCAGGAAUGAAGCUUAAUUUGUCUCGUUCUAAUCUAUUUAGUACAUGAAUUAUUUAGUACAUGCAUGCAGAACUACAUCAUUGCAUCUCUUUAAUUUUAUGAUCAGAUUAUCUAAUAUAUGGUGAUGUUUUGCUUCA